AUGCUCCUCCUCCUGCAGCAGUGCUCCCCCAGUCCUGCGGGAGCAGGGCCUCUCGAGCGCACCUGUGCCUCCAUCCCUAUUCCCACCAUCAUCAUCAAGGAGCCAUCCACCAGCAGCAGUGGGAAGAGCAGCCAGGGCAGCAGCAUGGAGAUCGAGCCCAGCACUCCUGAGCACCCCUCCCUCACCAGCCACGUCUGCGGAGGACUCAGGCCUGACGACUCUGGCUCCGCCCCCAAUCCCUUCGCGGCCGCAAUCGCAGGAGCCGUGAAGGACCGCGAGAAGAGGCUGAAGGCCAAGAAGAACUCCAUCGCCUUCCAGUCCAUUGACAUGGGGGAUGAUGACCGGGACUCGGGAGGUGACGGGUUCAGCACUCCCACUCCGCGCCUGCGUCAGUCCAAGUCCAUUGAUGAGGGGAUGUUCGGCAGCGAUGAGAGACUGCGCAGGAUCCUGGCACCAUCUGCUUCUCUGCAGAAGAACAGCAUCACACUGGGGAAGCCGGUGGGCGGUGGAAACAUGACUGACUUCUCAUCUCCGGAGCCGGUCAUGGUCCGGGAACCCCUGAGCACAAGGACAGGUCAGUGUCCGAACUUCGACAGUCCGGCGAGUCUGCCCUCCCCCGGUAAAAGCCAUCAGCGCACAAACGGGACCUACCUCCACCCUGUCACGGGCAAACCCCUCGACCCAAACUCCCCACUGGCCCUGGCCCUGGCAGCUCGGGAUCGAGCUAUGAAGGAGCAAAACCAUCCACAGGGCCAUACUCUAUCUCAGGUGCAAACGACCAAACACGAAGUCCAGUCUCUGCCUCCGUUGCAGACCGGCCCCAAGACCGACCUGAACCAGCCUUUGUUCAUCGACACCAAGCUGCGGUCCGGCAUCGAGACCAGCUUUGCUGAGAUCUCCUCCACAAGCAGCGCGGUUGGGAGGGGCCGUGGUCUGAGGCGGCAGAACACUGAGCAGAAGUACGACAGCGAGAGUGCCAGGGAACGGGAGCCCAAGCAUCAACCGGUGGAGGAACGGAAGAGUGCCCCCCCCGAGGGGAGCGAGGCUAAGGCUACAGGGCUGCUGAUGGUGCACACCACAGACACAGAGGACAGCAACACGCCGUCGGAGCUGAAGGACCCAAAUGAGCCAGAGUCCCAGACCCACAGCCGCAGACGCAGUGUUCUGCUCGGGGAGUCACUGGACGAGCCAGUAAAGCUGCCCUUCAGAAUCCCCCCUCCCCCGCUCGCCUCCGUGGACAUUGAUGAGGAGUUCGAGUUCUCUGACCCCCUGCCCCCCCCACUGGAGUUCGCCAACAGCAUCGACGUCCCGGACGAUCAGACGAGUGCGUACGCUGAGAUAUUACAGCAGCAGAGACGUAACGGUGCUCUGCCGCCGUACCACCACCAUGCUCCACCCCCUGUGCCCGAGCACCACAGGCGCAUCGCCCACACCGCCACGGGCAACAGUGCCACGGCCAACAGCGCCACAGGGAACACUGCCAGGGGCAACAGCGCCACGGGUGCCAGCACCACGGGUACCAGCACCACGGGCAACAGCGCACCGGCUGCGGGCAGCCUGAGCGAGCACGAGUCCAUCAGCGCGCCGGUGCUAGCCGCCGACUCUGGCAUUGAGGAGGUGGACAGCCGCAGCAGUGGAGACCCGCAACACCUGGAAAGUACGAGUAACGUGUCAAGUAUUUCCACUCUGUCGUCCGAAGGAGGCUUCUGUGAGAGCACCCUGGAGCUCCACCUCCUCCCAGAGAGGCCCCCAGUACCCCCCAAGCCCAAAGGUAAACCCGUGAUAAACCGGUCGUCUUUGUACCACGAUGCUCUGAUCGAGGAGCCUCUGGAGGUGGGGGAACUCGUACGGACUCCGACCCAGCGGAGCUCCAGGCUGUGGGGGGAGCCUGAGCUCAGCAGCCCCCCUUCUGCAGACAGCACGGUGAUGACUGAGCUCAGCAGCAUCCUCCAACACAUGAACCGGGGUCACAGCGCCACAGACGCUCUGAGCUCCCCCCAAGGCACACACAACUACCCUCCCAGGACCGUGGACGACUCAGGGAUGCUUCGAUCUGCAACCUCCCCCACCCCUCCCUCCUCUCUGCCCUCUCAUCCGCACUCCCCCCUCCUCACAGAGCCCGCCCCACACUCGCCUCAUUCCUGCACCCCUUCAGAGGCCUCCCCCAUAACCCCGCUGACCCCUUGCUCCUCGCUGCCAGCCUCCGCCUCCCCCACACUUACCGAGUGCUUCUCACAGGGCGGGUACAGCCUGGGCUCCUCCCGCUCCCCCUCACCCCUCACCCUCCUGCUGGCCUCUAACCGACCUUUCGCCUCCAAACCUGUGGAGCUGUGGAGCAAAGGGGACGUGGCCGACUGGCUGGAUAGUCUGAACCUGGGGGAGCACCGUGACGCCUUCCUGGACAACGAAAUUGAGGGGGCACACCUUCCCUCGCUCCAAAAAGAGGACCUCAUCGACCUGGGGGUGACCCGAGUCGGACACCGCAUGAACAUCGAGAGAGCUCUGAAGAUGCUGCAGGACAGAUAG